UUUCUGUUAUCACUCCUCAAUGCCAGCCCUGUCAACCUGUCCGAUGUUUUUAUCUGUCAAAAAAUAACCUUUGGACCAAAAUUUCCUCUAGUUAAUUUUUUCUUCCUUUACCUUUUGUUAUUUUUAAACUUCAACUAAAUAAAAAACAUGGCUCGAGUAUUAGUUGGUGUAAAGCGUGUUAUUGACUACGCUGUCAAGGUUCGCGUCAAGCCAGACAAAACUGGCGUUGUAACAGAAGGUGUCAAACACUCAAUGAAUCCCUUCGACGAGAUUGCCGUCGAAGAGGCAGUCAAAAUGAAGGAGAAAAAACUCGCUUCCGAAGUAAUUGCCGUGUCAGUUGGUCCAACACAAUCUCAAGAAGUCAUUCGAACAGCAUUGGCAAUGGGCGCCGAUCGUGGCAUUCAUGUGGAAAUCUCUGGCAAAGAUUAUGAACUCUUGCAGCCAGUUCAUGUCUCAAAAAUUCUUGCCAAAUUAGCUCAAGACGAAAAAGCUGAGUUGGUAAUUCUCGGGAAACAAGCAAUUGAUGAUGAUAGCAAUCAAACUGCUCAAAUGACAGCCGCAGUUUUGGAUUGGCCACAAGGGACUUUUUGCAAUAAGGUCGACAAGACUGAUGCAGGUUUAACAAUUAGUCGUGAAAUUGACGGUGGUCUUGAGACAAUUAAGACCAAAAUUCCAGCAGUUUUAAGCGCUGAUUUGCGUUUGAAUACUCCACGCUAUGCAACACUUCCUAAUAUCAUGAAGGCCAAGAAGAAGCCAAUUAAGAAGACAACUCCCAAAGAUUUGGGAGUGGAUACUUCUCCAAGGAUUGAGAUUAUUUCUGUGGAAGAUCCACCAGUGCGUCAAGCUGGUUCGGUUGUUCCUGAUGUUGAUAGUCUUGUUGCCAAGUUGAAGGAAGGAGGAUUUGUCAAGUAAUAUAUGAAUAACAAAAGGAAAACAAGAAAUAAUAUUCUAAUUAAUAAGAAUAAAGAUUUUAUUACUGUUCAUUUAAA